AUUUCGGAGUAUCGUAGCACUGUACUUUUUAUUUAUUUUUGUUCACUUUUUUCUGUUUUUAGCAGGUUUUAAAACCGGUUUUCACAAUGCUAGUAAGCCGAAAUUUAGCGAAAACGAUUUCCAAUUCAAAAAAUGCAAAAAAUAUUCACACUUCUUGCCGAAAAUUCGCACCGGUUCCCAUGACAUACGCCAGCUACUCAUCACCAGAACUCGAUAGAAAUUCUCCUUUAGUAAUUGUUCAUGGAUUAUUCGGGCAAAAACAGAACUGGAACUCUGUCGGAAAGGCGCUGCACAAGAAGUUAGAGGCUCCAGUGUAUGCGGUAGACGUGCGGAAUCAUGGAAGCUCACCGCAUACCGAAACUAUGUCUUAUACAGAAAUGGCAGAGGAUUUAGUAUUAUUUAUUGAUAAAGUCAAGGAGGAAACCAAGAAAACUAGGGUUAAUUUAUUAGGCCACUCAAUGGGUGGAAAAAUUGUCAUGAGGCUUGCAAUCGACUCAAAAUGGAGUGAUCGAAUCGAAAAAUUGAUUGUGGAGGAUGUAUCACCCAAGGGAUAUUCCAGGCGGCAUUUAGAAUUCCGAGAGCUCAUCAAAACCAUGCGAAACGUGGAUCUUUGUCGCACUCGAAAGGAAAUUCUCAAGGAUCUUGAAUCGGCGAUUCCAGACUUGGCAAUGCGCCAAUUUAUUCUCACAAAUUUGCAGCCGUCGAGUGAAAAUGAGGGGCAAAUGGAGUGGAAAAUCAAUAUUAAUACGAUCGAUAGCCAUGUGGAUGAGAUUUUGGGAUAUACCCUCCCAGUUGGCAGUUUCCGAGGCCCCACUCUCUUUCUCCACGGAGCAAAUUCAGGAUAUGUUCCAGACGAUCAUAAACCCGAUAUUAAAUGCCUUUUUCCACAGGUCCAAUUCGACGCGAUUCCGGACUCUGGCCACUGGGUUCACGCUGAAAAACCUCAACUUUUCAUCAAUUCUGUCUAUAAAUUUUUGAAGCCAUAGAAUUUUUUUUUGUAAUUAGAAAAAUGAAUAGUUAUUUGAUUUUUUUUAUACUGAAAAUAAAAUAU